AUGCCUACGCCAAACUUGUCGCCCAGACGUGCUGGCAAAAAAGCCGCCAAGGAACAACAACUCUAUCUGCACCCAGCGCGUAAACAUUUGCUCGCCCUCCAAAACGGUAACUGGAGAACGGGACGCGCGGGAGCGAGAGCUGCAGAGACUGCUGUCGGAGGUGGCGAGGGGAAAAAAGGUCAUGCAGAGGUCGCGAACCUCUGCAAGCAACUCGAGGCAAUUUGCGCCAAUCCUCGGUACGGCUACGUCAAAGGCUCUUUCCUGGCCGAGGAGAUCAAGCAGUUCCGAACCUAUGUGGAGUCUGAGCUAUAA